ACCACGUGUAAAUCAAGAAUCUACAAACGGAUACAAUUGUGUAUUGUGUAAUAGUGCUAUCAUUUGCCGGCGAUUUCAGGCAAAGAUGAGCGGUGUUGGAUACAUUGGGUCCAAGAUCAGUCUCAUAUCAAGAUCUGAUAUACGUUACGUAGGCAUACUUCACAGUAUCAAUUCUGCAGACUCGACUGUAGCUCUUGAACAAGUUCGUUCUUAUGGAACGGAAGGUCGUCGAGGCAAUCCUGCUGAGGAAAUUCCUCCAUCCGACAAUGUUUUUGAAUACAUAGUGUUUCGAGGUUCUGAUGUGAAGGAUUUGCACGUUUGCGAAGCCCCAGCUCAGCAACAGUCAAUGCCACCUCAAGUCCCUAAUGAUCCUGCUAUUCUUGGGCAUUGUUUUGUCUUGUCAAUGUUGGAUCCUAUUUGUCAUGCAAAAGGAAAAAGAUCGCGUUUUAAUGAUGAAAUUCUGGAUACUACUGCACCACGACCUCCAAAUUUUCAAAGCUUUGCCCCACCACCACCAUUAGGUGUACAACCACCUCCUAACUUUCCCGGUGCUUCUUUGAAUCCUUUUUAUCUUCAACAGGUUGCUUCUUUUCAGCAACAACAACAGUUUUGGCAGCAACCACAAGUUCCACAACCACAGCAGCUUAAUAAUAUUACCGAAAGUCUUGCGAAAGAAGCUGAACAGCCAAAGUCACAGCAACAGAAAGAGCAUGGCACACCGGACAAAGUAGAAGACCAUAAAACGGAAAAGAAGACUUCAGUUACCAAAAAUUUCGUCAAGACGGGAAGUAGUUCCCGAUCAUCGGCACAAACAGCAAACGUUAGGAAUGAAAGUGCAAUAGAAGUGCCAUCAACGGCCAUGGCCGUGGAGAACUUGGCCAAAAAAGUCAGCGAAUUAAGUAUUACCACGAAAGAGGUUAAUGGAGAAAGAGUUAUGGGCAACAAUCGUUCUGUAUCAAGCAAUAACCGACUUCCUGGAAUGGGAGGCCAUCUUGUACAACAAAAUCGCAGAGGUCGUGGCAGUAGAAGAAACUAUAAUCAAAGUUAUGAUCGUAAUAGAAUUCCCGUUCCGCAAUCAGAUUUUGAUUUUGAAUCGUCAAAUGCCAAGUUCAACAAAGACGACCUUGUCAAAGAGGUUGUUAAGAAAAUUAUUCCUAACCAUGAUCUUAAAGAAGAAAAUUGCGCAGAUGGAAUCGAACUUGGCCCAGAAGAAGAGGAAGAGGAAGUUUUGAUACCACCUGCUGAGACUUAUUAUGAUAAGGCUAAAUCAUUCUUUGAUAACAUUUCUUGUGAAACAAAAGAGCGGUUGGAACAACAAGGACCUGAUGGCCGAGGAUUGUCUGUGGCUGAGCGAAGACAGAAACAAUCUGAAGAAAGACGUCUGAAUCUUGAAACUUUUGGGCAAGUCUCGAUCGACGGUGGAAGAUAUCGCGGUGGCUAUCGCAGUCGUGGUUAUAGGGGAAGCCGAGGUGGAUAUCGUGGUGGCCGUGGAAUCCGUGGAGGGUACUCUAACAACUAUCGGGGGAAUAAUUUCAGGCAACAGAUUCAGCAACAACAAUCAUGA